UUUAAUUUAAUGAUGAUUUUAAAAAUCAUCUAAAGAUGUGAAGAAAUGAGUGUGAAAAAGUGAAAGUACGUGUAACAUUAUUUAAAAAGCAAAGCAUUACUCUUCUCCUUUCUUUCUCCCUCCUCCCUUUCUUCCGGGGAAACAAUCAUAAACCCUACGAUACAAGCUAUAAAAUGAGCAUCACUGAACACUCUCAAUAGAAAGAUUGUCUCUCUCUCCACAGAAAAACAACAAGACUUGCAAGAUUUAACCAUGGAUGGAUCUGAGUCGCCAUACUCGAAAGACGAUAACUUUGAGAGAGUGACAUCAGCAUCAACCUCUACAACGACGACGACAAGCGUGCACGUGACCGCCCUGGACGGCAUCGUCACCGCGAACUCGCUCUUCACCAUCGCCGUCUUCGUGGGGCUCUCCCUAGACACCCCUGACCAGAAUAGCAUGGAGAACAACACGGCCUGCGACGUCGGCAUCGACAUGUUCAGGAACCUGGUAGUCUUCGAGGUUGUCUCCUUCAGCUUCUUCCUCUACUCCUCCCUUGUCGCCCAGGGCCUGAAGCUGGCAAUCAACCUGCUCAAUAGCAACGAAGUCAACGAGGCCUUCCGCGCCCAGAUCAACAAAAAAGUCCUCAGGCUCGGCAUGAUGGCCUCCGCCAUCGGCUCCGUCAUGGGCUGCUUGUUCCUCAUGCUGUCCAUAGUCAACGUCAUCCAAAUCCGGUUGGGGUUAUUGUCGUGCGGGAGUAAAUCCGCUAUCCAUGCGGUGGCGGCAUUGCUUAUCUUGGUUUCCUCCGCUCUUUUACUUUAUAUUUAUACUUCCUUUUAUGCUUUUUUGCACUGAUUUUGAAAUCUCUCUCUGUGUAUGAAGACUCGUUAAGGACAACUGAAUAAAUGAACACCGGCUGUGACAAAAUAAAUUGUAUGCUACAUUGAUAUAUU